CACCGUUCAGAGGAGGGACACAAUCAUUUCUGAUAAUUCAAAAUCUUGAAGAAUUCAUUUGUCUAGUAAGUGUGGUAACAUUAAUCAGUCCUACUUUUCACUCACCAUUAAAAAAAGCUUUCCUAGGGGAAAACAUAGAUCGUUGCACACUGAGGAGACCAUGCGAAAGCAGUCAGACGAAGACAUAUGUUGACUCGUUUCCCGUAUUAACUCAACAUCUUGGUCCAAGGAGUUAAUGUCAACUUCCCCAAGGAAUGGAGCAUCAAGAUAAUAUCUCGGAGAAGUUUAAAACAUUUGUUGUACAAGAUGCGCCACCAACGGUGUACUACAUCCCCGACUUCAUAUCAGAGGAUGAGGAAGCCUAUCUCCUGGAACAGGUCUACAAAUCCCCAAAACCAAAGUGGACUCAGCUGUCUGGCAGACGGCUUCAGAACUGGGGUGGACUGCCCCGCCCCAAAGGAAUGCUUGCAGAGAAGAUGCCCGACUGGCUUCAAAAGUACUGCGAUCAGAUUUCCUCUCUCAAAGCUUUCUCGGGGAAAGCGGCCAACCACGUACUGGUGAACGAGUACAAGCCUGGAGAGGGGAUUAUGCCCCACGUGGACGGCCCCAUGUACCACCCCACCGUCACCACCAUCAGCCUGGGCUCACACACCCUUCUGGACUUCUACAAGCCCCUGAGCAGCACCCAGGAGUCUGGGGAACCUCAGACAGAGGAGAGCCGCUACCAGUUCUCCCUGCUGGUUCGCCCCCGGAGCCUUCUGGUCCUGCAGGACCACAUGUACCAGAGCCUCCUGCACGGCAUCCAGCCUCGCUUCCAGGACACCCUGACAGACGCGGUGCGCAACCUGCCCUCUGCUGCUGAGGCUGGGGGAGCUGUGGCGGGCGACAACCUGCCAAGGGGAACCAGGGUGUCCCUCACCAUCCGACAUGUGCCCAAAGUCAUAAAGACUACGUUUCUCUUGGGGAAGAAGUGAUGGACAAAGGACUCAUCUCUAUAAGCUUUUUUUUGAUUUGUGAUUGGUUUGGAUGUGAUGUUAUGCAUUUUGUCUGUAUGUCCAUUGAUAAUCCUUGGUUUGGGGCUUGUUCAGCUUAUAUUUGCGUAGUCCUAAUGAUUGUCGAGCAUUUUUGCUUUACUACACAUCAUUCAUGUGCAGGAUCACUGUUUCCUUUUUACUGAACUAUCUAUUGUUAUGUUUUAACUUUAUAAGCCCACUUCGCUCAAUUCAAGCGCAACCUGUAUUGUAAAAUAUUUUGAGAAUGUAGUACUUAAUGAAAAUUAAUUACAAUUCUUGUUGCUGCAAUACCAAGGUAAUUUCUGUCUGCCUUAAUGAGUUUAUUUACCAAAUUUCUUUACACACUAUAUAAAAUAUGGUUUUGUUUUAAUUUAAAUGUUAGUUCCUAAAGAUUAAAGUUCACUGCCACUCUUCA